AUCGCCGAUUCUUCCGUCUCUCAUUCUUUAUCAUCGCCGGCGGAUCUCCAUAGUUCUCCGUGGAAGAAGAACAUGCAGAUGCUUCACCUCUGCGUGUCUGCUCGUCAUCUGCCCCGUCGAGGCUGUUAUGAGUUUGCCUCUCGGACUCCUCGCAGUGGAGAGACUGAAGAUGACAUUCUAGUGCUGGCCUACAAGCUUUACCAUCAGGAUCAAAAAAACAAAUUCAGUCUUGAGCAUGUCUGGAGAAUCCUCAAGACUGAUCAGAAAUGGUGCAAUUGGUGUGAGACAAAACUUCCUGCCAAGAAGAAAGCUAAACUUUCAUUUGUAGAAGAAGAGAGUCUUCAAAGGCCUAUAGGGGUGAAGGCAGCCAAGACUUUAGCCAAGUCCAAAGGUAAGGGAAAGAGUGAAGGAGCUGACGCUGGUUCUGUUGCUGAAUUUCAGCUUUUGUGGGAUGUGAAAGAGAAAGAUUUGGCUUCCAAAGAGAGACUCUCCAAGCAGAAGCUACUUGACAGCCUUCUUGGAAGGUCUGAUGGAUUGAGUGAGAUGGAAAUUGAACUUAAGAACACUCUUAUCAAAGAGUAUUUGUCUGGAAGACCUCCUCUUGGAAGCUAGUGAUGUCGGCAAGGAAAGGAUUGAGAGUAUAUGUUGCUUUAAUGUAGGGUUGUGUGACUUUAUUCGGAUGUACCUUGUUUUUUGCUUUAUUCGGAUGUACCGUCUAUGGUCAGAGCUACUAGUUUUUUGUUUUUAGUAGCACAAUGUAUUGUCGGCAAUGUUUUUGUGGUC